CCACUCCCUUCCAUUCCUUUCUUCACGGUCUUGAUCCUCCUCCUCACCUCCACAUUCAUUCACAAAUAAAAGAAGAAAGAAAAAAAAUGUCUUGGGCUCAGUCCACGAUUCGUCUGCCAUCAAUGUCUCGCGGUUGCCAUUUGGUGACCCAUGAGAUCGAGAAGCAGCUCCCAGAACUCCGACAGUUCUCUGUGGGCAUGGCUAACGUUUUUCUGCAACAUACCUCUGCAUCGCUGACGCUGAACGAGAAUGCGGAUCCGGAUGUUCGAGUCGAUAUGGAGAUGGCAUUGAACAAGAUUGCGCCUGAAUCGUGGCCGUACGAGCAUGCAGAUGAAGGCCCCGACGACAUGCCCGGCCACAUCAAGAGCUCGCUCCUUGGCGCAUCCCUCAACAUCCCUAUCACGAAUGGACGAUUCAAUCUGGGAACGUGGCAAGGCAUCUGGCUGUGCGAACAUCGUAGCCAUUCCUCUGGACGAAAGAUUGUCGUUACUCUUCAAGGCGAAAAGAAAAAAUAGGAGUGUCUUACGCGUUUAAUUAACCGCCAACAGAUUUCUUUUCCUUUGACCACUUGCGCAACCAACUGAAGAACUCACUGCUUGCCUGGCGCAGAUUGCCAAUGUCGAUUAAAUCAUCAUGACAGCGCGAAUAUUAUGAACAUCUAAACAUUGUAAAAGACCUCGGAGCA